AUGGAGAAAGGGGCGCCCUUGGGACUGCCUCGCCUGUGCGUGCUGUGGACGGCGGUGCUGUGGGAACUCUGCCCCUGCGGCGCCCACGCCGACUGGAUGUGGCUGGGUAUUGCCUCCUUUGGUGUCCCAGAGAAAUUGGGUUGUGGUAACCUGCCGCUGAAUGGUCACCAAAAAGACCUGUGCAAGAAGAAGCCCUACCUCCUGCACAGCAUCCAAGAAGGAGCACGCUUGGGCAUCCAGGAAUGCCAGAGUCAGUUCAGACAUGAGCGGUGGAACUGUCUACUCUCUCCGGAAACGGUGUCUGCACUUUCCACUAAUCCUUCAUCCAUCUCCGUCUCUCCUGCUUUCUCCGUCUUUGGCUAUGAGUUGAGCAGCGGUACCAAAGAAACAGCAUUUAUCUAUGCUGUGAUGGCAGCUGGCCUCGUGCACUCAGUGACACAUUCAUGCAGCGCAGGGAACAUGACUGAAUGUGCCUGUGAUUCCAUGUUGCAAAACAGUGGUUCAGCUAAUGAAGGCUGGCACUGGGGUGGAUGUUCUGAUGAUAUCCAGUAUGGAAUGUGGUUGAGCAGAAAGUUCUUAGAUGGUCCUACAAAAAACAUCACUGGGAAAGAUAGAAAUGGAUUGAUAGUCAUGAAUCUGCAUAAUAACGAAGCAGGAAGACUGGCAGUAGCAAAAUUGAUGUCCAUCGAUUGCCGCUGUCAUGGUGUAUCUGGUUCUUGUGCUUUGAAAACUUGCUGGAAAACCAUGUCAUCCUUUGCAAAAGUUGGCAGUUUUUUAAAAGAAAAGUAUGAGAACAGUAUCCAGGUUUCUUACAGACUAAGAAAAAAAAUACGCAGGAAAGAAAAAAGCCAACGGAUGAUCCCAAUCCACAAAGAAGACCUGCUCUAUAUCAACAGAUCGCCCAAUUACUGUAUGGAAGAUCGCAAACUGGGGGUCUCUGGGACGCAAGGAAGGGGAUGCAACCGCACAUCAGCGGGGUCUGAUGGAUGCAACCUCCUCUGCUGUGGCCGUGGAUAUAACACUCAGGUAGUCAGGCACGUGGAGAGAUGCGAGUGCAAAUUUGUUUGGUGUUGCUACGUACGCUGCAGAAGAUGCGAGACCGUGACUGACGUUCAUACUUGCAAAUGA